AUGGACUUUGAAGAGUUGAUGCAAGAAGUGGAAUCGGCGGUGCAGGACACCCCGCCUGCGACCAAAGCGCACCACCGCCACACGAUCAUGUCGCACGUCGACAAGCAACCGUCGUCGUAUUCGGCAAAGACCACCCCGUUGCCUGUGAACUCAAAGUCGGACUUGGAUGACCUGCUCGACAUCGUGGAUGGCCCUGACACCAUUAGUGGCAGCAAGAGGAGCUCGAACCAUCCAACUACUUCUGCGACUAGUACGUCGCACAUCAAGCAACCGACCUCCUCUACCUCGAACAACAUGGCCUUCUCGGCAUCUUCCAAGCGAUGCAAUGCCGUGCUCCUUGCCGGGUCGAACGUGAAGCACGGGGUCAGCACCAGCUCCGUCAACCCGCAAGCGUGUUCGAACCUCCGAUGCAACGAAUGUGACUUUCUCGUCGUGCAAUUUGAACACACGAAAUGGGCCGACUCCGCCGACUACAUGUUCUUCCGGGAAAAUGCCCCCAACGAAGCCAAGUUGCGCCGCAAGAUGGAAUCUGCGCAGGGAGCGUUUGCGUAUGCGUGUCAAUGCAAGUGGGCAACCGUCACGACCAAGGCCUCCCCCGACAGCCUUCACGUCAAGUGGUGCUGCGCUGGUCAUUAA